CAUUCUUCAACUUUUUUUUUUUUUUUUGUUCAUCAUGGCAGCUCGUAGCCCCAUUACAUGUCAUGUGCUUGACUCAUCCUGUGGCAAGCCUGGUCGCAAUGUGCCUGUCAAGCUCGAGAUGCUUAACACAGGUGCUCUCUGGCAAGGUCUUGCUGAAGGUGUUACUGAUUCGGAUGGACGCGUCAGCACACUUUUGAAUCCUUCACACCAGCUCGUCGCUGGUAUCUAUAGGAUGACUUUCCAGACUGCGGAGUACUGGCCUUCUGUCGGUGUUUCCAGCUACUUCCAUCCUUAUGUUCAGAUCAUCUUUGAGAUUGCGCCUGGUGCAGAGAAGCAGCACUAUCACAUCCCCUUGCUUCUCAGUCCUUACUCUUACACCACCUAUCGCGGAUCAUAAGAAAACUUAGGAUAUUGAAGCCUAUUGACACACAUCAAUCAUUAAUAAAGAAGAUUUGCAUUGAAAACAUUUAUUUUUAUUUUGGCCAUCUGUCGCUAAAAGCAAUCUCAAUGCGAGUACGAGGGAGGUAUCAAGAUGUUCCAGC